UAACGAGCAGGUUUCCAACCGGAACUCAUCUCCUCGUGCUGAAAGUUGCCACCGGCGGAAGAGGGUUUGUUGUGAUGCCGCCUGGUUGUGUCCAACGUGUGGCUACACUUCUCCUGUCAUGUGCUCUGUAACUGUAUCGUUACCAACAACAGACAUACUGUCAACCGCGGAGAGCCAAAUGGAAAACAGGGACCAGGAAGAAGAGCCGAAAAGGACCAAAAGAAAGAUUUCUCUCUCCAAUUGUGGUGUGUGUGGAUCAGAGGAGGCGAAGUACAGAUGUCCUGCCUGUCUUGCCCAUUCUUGCAGCUUGCUGUGUGUGAAGAAACACAAGGGAGAUUUGGGAUGCAGUGGAGUUAGAAAUAAAACGGCCUUUGUGACCCUCUCACAUUUUGAUGAAAUGACGCUUCUCAAUGACUACAGGCUUCUGGAGGAUACAGGACGAUUUGCUGACGGUGCCAGCAGAGACAACCUCAUCCGGACUCCUCGUUCCACAUUAAAAACAAAGAGGCUGGCAGCCAAUGCCAGAAAGAUGAACAUCACAUUGAGGUUCCUCCCCAUCACCUUCACUAAGAGCAAAGAAAACUCCACCGUCUUCUUCACAAAAGAAAAACUGUUCCUGUGGCACUUGAAGCUCAUCUUUCCUCAAAGUAGCACAGAGUUCAUUCAGAGGCGGGUGUCAGACAAGCAAACCUUGGAGCAGAUCUUGACCCCUUAUAUCCACCCUACAGAGUCGGACCCUGUGACACGUCAAAAGUUGAAGAUGUAUGUGCACACUCCGUUCGAUCAUGUGAAAGUCUUCAUGAAAGCAGAGGGGAGAAAGGCUAACUCUGUGAGGUACCAUCAGUUGGACAUUUGCAAGACCCUAAGGGACAACCUGAGCUACAAAACACUGAUUGAAUAUCCUGUGCUGCAUAUUGUCCUCGGAGAUCAUUGGAAGGAGUAUCCACUAAAAGGACCAGCUGAACCUGCAUCAGCCUGCAAUAGUUUUGCAACAAAGAAGGAAGGGGUGGACCGAGAGAAGGACGAUGUGAUCCAAGUUUCACCAUCCCUGCAAGGAGCUUGCACCCCGGGGGGGACCAACAUCUGGACAGGAACCCCGGAGACCAGACCUAAAACUGAACCCCUACUAGUGAAAUGGGCCAAGAUGGAAGCAGGGAAGGGAGAGAUAGAGGAGGGAGAGAUCAUAGACAGUAGUGAUGAAGAGAAAGAGGAGGAGGAAGGUAAUACUGAAGACAAUACCCCAUGUGGAAAGAGCUUUGAUAGUGCCAAAAGCCUUGCUAAUGACAUGGAGGUGAUUAAAGAUGAACCAGCAGACAGUGUGGAUGUUAAUGUUGAUGAUGGUUUAAAUAAACACAGUGACAGCAGCAGGGCUCAGUGUAUAAAUGAGGACAUCUCUGGUUCCACGAUGACAAGUGAGCUGUCAAAGAGUGCUGAGGUCAGCAUGACUAAGGAGGAUGCUGUGAAAGACCCGGGGCCUGUUCAUACCCAUCUCUGUCAUGAUGAAAAUGAGUCAGCUAAUGCUGCUGACAGCUGUGGACUGGAAUGAUAAUGCCCAGAUGUUCAGGGUGAAAUGAAUGAGGAGGCCGACAUAUCUGACAGGAAGUCAUCAAUCUUGUGUCAGUGUACUGUAGAGUGGACCAAUGCCACGCAACAGUGUUUUCAGUUGUUUUAAACGGAUUGUUUUAAGAAACAAGAACCAUGGUUGAUACCGCUACAUCAUUGUAUAUGUGUGGAAUCAUUUCAAUGUUAAUGUUUAUAAUUUAGAUUUAGCUAAUCUGUCUGGAAGCAUGCUUUCUUAAAUAAAGACUUUAUUUUGGAAAU